UAUAUCGACUACGCAGCCUAGACUCGUCAAAAGCAACCUUGCAACAGGAAAAGUGCAGUGAAAAAUACAAAAAUAGCUGUUCAAACCACAAUUUGUUGUACAAAUCUUAUUAAUAAGUUAUAUUUAAGCCUUGAGAGAUUAAAAGCAGAAGCAACGACGGUAACAGGAAGUAAGAAGUUCGCCCAAAUCGCAGCAGCACAGUCGCCAGAGCGACAGAGGUCAUAUUAAAAAUAAUUUUUCGGGCGUGUGUGCCCCCCGAGCACGAUUAACCCCCCACCCAGAUUAGCGCAGACCAACGCAAGAAGCCCCCAACCAAAAAACAAAAACAACAGCAGCAGCAGCAAGCAGUAGGAACAACCCGCCUUAGCAUGAUUCUGGAGAAUUCGGACAAGCUCAAGGAUUGGCUGAGCGUGGUCCUGGAGCCACUCUGCGAUGCGGACUCCUCGGCCUUGGCGCGCUAUGUCAUCGCGCUGCUCAAGAAGGACAAAUCGGAUAAAGACCUUAAGCGGAUCAUGAUCGAGCAGCUCGAUGUUUUCCUGUCCGAGGAGACGACGCGUUUCGUGGAACGCCUCUUCAAUGCCAUUGCCAGCGAGGAAUACCUGACGGUCCCUGCUGCCCCUCUAAUAACGGCCUCCAGUGCAUCCACCGCUGAGCUAACACUUGACCAGGAUCUGGCCCUGGUCAUUGAUGGGCCCCAGGACGACAUCGAAGCGGUUUUGAUUGCCGAUUCCCCUCCACCGCCUCCUAAAGAUAAUGUGAUAAAACCCGAUAGCAAUCAGGUCAAGUUAGAGCAGGCCAGUCAAGAUGCCAGGGAAGCCGAGGCCCUAGCCUUUAUCAGCCAGGAAGCCGGCACUGCCAUGCACGCCCCUACAGAUGCCAAGCCAGCCUUUGAUCAGCACAAAACCAAAGACUCCCACAAUCAACAGUCCGCCUCCAACUACCAACACCAUCAUGUGCGCAGUGCCAGCCCACCGGGCAGAAGCAGCGGCGUCAGCGGAAGUGGAGGAGGUGGUCCCGGCGGAGCAGGUCUUGCGGCGGGUUAUGCUGACAAGGAAAACCAGCCGCGUGACAGUCGACGACGACGUGCUUCCCUACGAUCCCGUUCCCGCUCCCGAUCGCGUUCGAACGAGCGCGCUUUUCGGCGGUCCAGGUCACGCGACCGACGGGUGAACGAACGCGAGAAAACUCAACGCCAAUUCCGUAACAAAUCUCCACCAGGCUCGCAGACCGACAAUCGCCAUCAUGGUCGGCGCAACUUUGAUCGCCGGCGCAUCGGUGGUAACGCGGAUGAUCGUCCUCGAUUUGGCAACAAGAGCCGGCGCUCUCACAGUCGCUCAAUGUCGCCGGAACGAAACGCACGGCGCAACCAGAACUCCCCGGACCGAGUACAAGCAGCCCAAGCUAACCAAAUUCCCGCUCCAGUGGCGCCGCCAGCGCCCGUUGAGCAUCCGGCUUCCCAUCCUCGUCAGCGCUGCCGGGACUUUGACGAGAAGGGCUAUUGUGUCAGGGGUGAAACAUGUCCUUGGGACCACGGCGUCAAUCCGGUAGUGUUCGAGGGCAUCAACAACUCGGACCUCAUGAUGUCAAUGCGCGAGUACAAUCCGGAUGCGCCAGAAAUAUGGGCGAGGAGCGGAGUUCCGCCACCAGGAGCUGGUCAGGGACCAGUGCCUCCACCAACGCAACCAGGACAGACCACCAUUAACCCCUUCAGCGGUAAUGUGCGACCAAGCACGCUGAUGAGCGGCUCUGGGCCCAAUCCGAUGGGCGUUCCCAAUCCCGCUGACUACGCGCGCAAUCCGGGCGCUCCGCCGCAGGCGGCCAUGAUGCCAUUCCCUUUCAAUCCCACUGCGGUGACCACUCCGUUGCAGCGGCAGCUGAUACCUAUUCCCGUGGUUGACGGCGCUCCCACGGGAGGCGUUGCUGAGGUUGGUAAGCGACGUUUCGAACUGGAGGAUACAGUGGCCAUUGCCGAUGUGCCAACGAAGCGAAAGGUGCCGAUCAACAGUCGUCUUGGCCCGCGCGUCAAUCCCAACAUGCAGCAGCAUAACAGUUCGCUGGAGCUGAGGAAGGUACCGCGCGGACUAAACACCAUCGCUCAUUUGAACAACCACUUUGCUAAGUUCGGCAAGAUCGUUAACAUUCAGGUUUCGUACGAAGGCGAUCCAGAGGCAGCUAUCGUGACUUUCUCCACACAUGCUGAAGCAAAUGUGGCCUACAGGAGCACGGAGGCGGUGCUGAACAACCGAUUUAUUAAGGUCUUCUGGCACAACGACAGCAGCGUAGCGGAUGUGGGACAGAUGAACCAGAUGGGCGGUGGUGGAGGAGGCGGUGGACGGAAGAACGCCAGCCAGUACCAUCUGCAUAACGUUCCGGCAGUGCCAACACCCAAUGCGGAUGGUGCGAAGAUCAGCAAUGCUAAUCCUUUAACUGAGGCGGGAGCUGGUAAUAUUGGCACCGCUGCCACGGAACAGGCCAACACAGCGGCUCCGGCAUCAAUGCGUCUCAAGCUAAAUACAACGACAGCUGGCGGCUCAGCUGGAGGAGCAGCUGGUGCGGGAGCACCGGGAUCAGGUCGUCCCUUGAACCCUGCUGCCAAUGCCGCUAGCAUACGCAAGAAGCAGGAGGAGCAGCAGAAAGCAGUUCACCAACUGGCUAACGGGUUGCGCAAACGCAAACAAGAAUUGCUCCAGAGCUAUAUGAAGCAGAUGAAGACUGCUCUGGAACUGGUGGAGAGAAUGGACCAGCAGGAUUCUCAGAGGGCCCCUACUCUGCAGACAAUAAAGGUGCUGCAGAUGACAAUCGACAAACUUCGAAAGGAAAUCAAGGCCGACCAGGAUCAGUUGCAAGCGCAAAUACAGCAACAACAGCAGCAGCAACAGCCGCCCGUCAAGAAGACCAAGGAGCAGCAGAAGAAGGAAUUGCUCGACAUGGAGCUAGAGCUAAUCGCCCAGCAACAGGAGGGCAACGACACUACAGCCAUACAGAAACGAUUGGAGGAGUUACAACGCAAUCUAGGUGUUGGCUCAGCUGCGAAUAACAAGUCUACCCACUAUGCAGCUGCUUCCGGCGCACCCGGUGGCGGUGCAGGACGCAAGCGUCCGAAUCUGCCGGAGGGACCCACUCGCGUCGAUAGGCGACCAAAGGCCAUUGUGGUCACUGGCUUUGCGGCCGAAGAGGCAGACUUUGUCCUGGGUCACUUUAAGAACUUCGGCGAGAUUUCUAAGCAUGAUGUAGACCGUGAGAUUCCACAGUUAAUACUCUCAUACGCAACCCGUCUCAACGCCGAACAGGCUGUGCUCCGGGGCAAAAUGUACAAAGACAAGCGCCUGCAGAUCUCGUGGGCUCCCGUGGUGACACCCGCUCCAGCUCCAAUGGCCGCCCCUGUUGAGAAGUCCACUGCACCCGGUGCCAUGCCUGUUAGCCUAGAGAACCCCAAACAAUUAAUCCAGUCCGUCAGUGAGAGCGAGAGUCUGUUAGGCAGCGGCACGCUGCCGGAGCUGCGCCUGGAAGAUGAGGAGGAGGAUGAGGAGUCCGAGGAUCGCUCCUGGCGUCGUUGAUGCAUCGCCCUGCGCUGCUGAGGCGCCCGGGAAAGUUCCGUGGGGCUCACAAGUGUUAGGAAACCCUUAACAUGUAUUUGUUGUUAUUCUAUAUCUAACUGCUGAGUGUGUGGCAGUGCUGAGAAUGAACGAGCACUUUGCACACUUCAAUUAAACGCUCUAAAUAUUACUAAUAUUUUACUGAACAUAAGUUAUGAAUCGCCUAAAAAUACGAAUGAGUUUAGCUAAACCUAAGUCCGAAAUAACAACACUGAAACUACAACUUCAACAGCGAAAUGCAACCAAACUCCAAGGCUCGAUGCGAAAAAGCGCGAGACAAAACAUUGGUUAAAGAUCGUGAACUACCUUUGUAUUUACACAUUUUUCACUCUAUCCUUUUCUUAUAUACAAAUAUAUAUACGCGGAUAUAUAA